AUGGGCUUCGGCGUCUUGCACGAUCUCUUGUUGAAGGGUGGCGAGGAGCCGAGUCGCUGGCUCCGGAACAAGGCGUGGAGAGUCGUCACAGAGUUCUGCGGAACAAGGCGUCGUAUCAAAAGGUGUCUCACAGGCACGGUGAACCAGAUUGAAGACAGCCUCUUGCGCAUCCCCACCUGCAACAUACUUGCAGGACGACGCCUAGACGAUGCGUUGCAAGUUGGAGCCCGGAACCUACAGGGUCCUACAGCCCCUGCAACAAGGGAAGAAAAGAAGAGCAUUCUCAAGGUGGAGGCGGACCACAGCGUUUUCAGAUACCUGCUCUAUGAGGCUCUCAAGGUUCCUGACUUCGAGUAUGUCACCAAGUGGUUCACAAAGGCGGUGAGACAUGGCGUGGUGCCAGAAACUCCCAUUGUGAAUCACAUCAUCGGAGAGGCCAGGCUUGGGCAGGUCGAACUUGAAGAACUUGGCACGUCAAGCCGAGACGACAGGGACUUUCAAGGAUUUUCCUCUACCAGUUGGGGCACUCCAAAUUUGCUUUGGAUCUUUGUCCAAGCAUGCUUCUCUCAGCAUUUCAGGUGGCCAAGAUGCAGGGCCUUGCUGCUGCUGAGGACGUCCUCAAUUGUGUGGUAUGCUGGGCCGUGCGCGAAGACAACACCGAAACAGCCUGCAGGAAUGGUUUGA